AUGGACAAAAGUAACAGAAACCAAGAAAAUGACGACGAUGAAAAUGUGUAUGGAUCGAGAAAAAUUACAUACUUGGAAAAAUACAUGGUUAAACAUUUCCCUUACCGUGGAAUGCGCAAAUACACACCAUUAAUUAACAAAUAUGAAGAAGGAGGGAUGUUUAUCUCAAACGAUGUUUUCGGAUUGACAAUCAGGCAAUUUGAAAGAAUGUAUAAAGAUUGUCUACAAAGAAGGAAAACACAUGAACAAUGGAUCCUCAAUCUUAGAUAUCCUGACAAAUCAUCCAAUGAAUAUCUAGAAUACUUACAGAAUUGUACAGACUGCGAUAAAGAACACUCUCCUUGGCCUGAAAAUGAAUUAAAGGAAAAAGAAUUAUUUGAACUUUUAGUAAAGACAGUUGGUACUGAAAUAGAUAUACGUACUAGACAAAGAUUAUUUAUCGUAAAUGAUAUGGUCGCUAAUUCGAUGAAUGAGGAUAAACAAAUAUCGAGUGGAAGUUUGGCAGAAGGACUAGAUUUACGAGGAAGUGACGUAGAUAUAAUGGCAGUAAUCAAUAAAGCAGUUGUCAUACGGAAUGUACGGAAUACUAAAUAUUUCAAAACAAAAGUACAGGAUGUCAAACACUCGAAGCAACAAACUAUAUUUGUUAUGGAGACAGAUAAUGAUCAUCCAGGAUUUACUCGACUGAGAUUAAUAGCCGCAGGGGGAACUAUCCCUAUAACAUCUCAAAGCAUUGAAUUUACUAAAAAAGGUUUAUAUUUAUCAGUGAAUGGAUUUCUCAAUGGUAUAAAGAUACAACAUCCGCAUAUGAACCUAGUAACACACGGCCCUUGUUUAACAUUUUCUGAUCAAUCUCGCGAUGUUGCAUUCUGCCUUCGAAGUAAAUAUUUACCUUACAACGCAACUCCAUGGGCAAUGCGUAAUCGAAGGCAAUGGCCCCCUAAUUCCGUGAUUGACAAGAUUAAACAAUACGGAUGUUUGGUAGUACCCAUAGGGCCUAGGAAUAAGCCAGAUUCUAAUAUAUUAUGGAGAUUGUCUUUCUCUAUGGCAGAAAAACAACUUGUGUAUUCCUUUAAUAUUACUCAACUCUUAUGUUACGGUCUUCUGAAAAUAACAUUAAAGCGUAUCGUUAACACAUAUGAUGAUGUCAAAGAUUUAUUGUGUUCAUAUUUUCUGAAGACGGCUUUAUUCUGGGUCUCAGAGGAAGUGGAUAUUGACACAUUUCAAAUACCUAAAUUGUUUCAUUGUUUUUUCCUCUGCUUGAAUAAAUUGAUGUCAUGGGUAAACAACUGUUUCUGUCCAAAUUAUUUUAUACCUAAACACAACAUGUUCCUAGAGAAGAUCACGCCAGAUAUGUUCCUAGAGAAGAUCACGCCAGAUAACAAUAAAAUACUACUACGUGUACUGAACAACAUACAGGUUGACGGACUUGAUAGAUUGAUGAGGAAUGUAUUCCCGUCUUACAAUGGAAAUUAUCUUUUGUUACGUACAAAGACAAAAGAUUUUGAUAGAUCAUGGUCAUGA